AUGUCCGACACCGGCAGACAGUCUCUCACCGACAAGGCCGGCUCCGCUAUGAAGCCCGACAGCCAGAAGUCGUACACCGAGCAGCUUGGUGACGCCGCCAAGGGCACCUACGAUUCGAUCGCAUCGACCGUUCAGCCCGAGAGCGAGAAGUCUAUGGGCCAGCAGGCCUCUGACACCAUCAGCGGUAACUCCAACGAGAACCAGGAGUCCCUUACCAGCAAGGCGAAGAACGCCAUGGGUAUGGGCGGCAACCGCAACCAGUAG